AUGGUCAAGGCUAGCUUCAUCUCCGCCGGCUUGCUGGCACUAUGCAUUGCCAUCGCCACCGCCCCUCAGCCUGUGGCCGGUGACUGGCUGCAGGACUUCACAAAGGGAGGCAGCAAAACCUUCGAUGCUGCCUUCAAGUCGUGGUCCGACUCUGACCUCCGCACCUACCUCCUCGACCGAGGCAUCAUCGCCCCUUACACCACCGGCGAGCAGCUGCGCCAGUUGGCCGUCCAGGACUACGAGAAGAUCGCUUCCUCGGCCUCCUCUGCCACCGGCGCCGCUCAGACGGCUGCUUCCUCGCAGCUCAGCGCCGCUGCCAGCGCCGCCUCGUCCGUCAACUCUGCUGUAAGCUCCUACGCCGUUGAAGCUGGCAAGUCGGCCUCGAGCGUGGCACUGACCGACCUCUACUACCCUGCCUCCAAAUCUGCCGCCUCGCUCGGCUCACAGGCCUCCUCGUACGCUUCCGCCGCUGCGGCCUCGGCGACCAGCCUCGGCAAGGACGCCGCCUCUUCCGUGUCCAGCGCAGGCAAGGGCGCUGCCUCCUCCGUCUCCAGCGCGGGCAGAGAUGCCUCCGCCUCUGCCUCUUCGCUCAGCAAGAACGCUCCUGGCGCCUCGGACGUCUCCAAGAGCGCCCAGUCGGCCGCCACCCAGGCCAGCAAGAGCGGCAACUCGGUCUACAACGCUGCCUCCAAGAGCGGUAGCUCGGCCUACGCCCAAGCCUCGCAGGCCGUCAGCAGGGCCAUCGACGACAGCACCGACUACGUCUACUCUUCGUGGAACGACAACGACCUCCGCUCGUACCUCGAGAAGCAGGGUCUGAUCAAGACCAAGACGCAGGCCACGCGCGACGAGCUGCUGGAGAAGAUGCGGGGUGCGUACAGCUCCACCGUCAACGCUCCCUACGAAGCCUACUCGGACAGCUACCUGCACAACUGGCUCGUCGACCACGGCAUCAUCAAGUCGCCUGCCGAGAAGACACGCGACGAGUACCUCGCCCUUGCCAAGGACUACUACACUACUGGCACCGAGAACGUCUACGACACGUGGAAGGAGUCGGAUCUCCGCAACUGGCUCAUCUCGAACAACGUGAUCAAGUCGGACUACCAGGCCAAGCGGGACGACUACCUGGAUCUGGUGCGCAAGAACUACAACUCUGCCGAGAGCAGCGUGUGGUCGAGCUGGACGGACAGCGACCUGCGCAGCUGGCUGAUCCAGAAUGGAUGGCUCAAGUCGGACGCCCAGGCUAAGCGGGAUGAGCUGCUCAAGCUCGCCCAGAAGCACGGCAGCGAGGUGAGCAAGGAGGCCAAGGAGUAUGUUUCGUGGAGCGACGCUAGGCUGAGGGAGUAUCUCAGGAGCUCGGGUAUGCCCUUGGAGUCGAUCCCCAAGAAGCGCGACCAGCUGCUGCGUGAGAUGCGCGCCCGCUACACGGGCCACCGCGGCAUCUUUAGCUACAUCAAGGAUGGUGUUCGCCAGGCGUACUUUGGCGUUCAGGACAUCCUGGGUAAGGGCGAGCAGGGGGCUGCCCACGCUAGUGUGAGCGCUUCGUCGGCUGCUAGUGCUGCUUCCGCUUCGGCUGCCAAAGCUACUGCUCGUGCCAAGGAUGAGUUCUAG